UAAAAGUUUGUAUAAACUAAAAUAGUCCAGGUUGAAUAUCAAGUACAAAUCUGGCAACAAAAUGUUGUCUAUAAAAUCGCGGGAUUUCAUGUCAUUAACAGGAUUCUCUCCUCCAUGAUUGUAGUCCAAAAUUCUGGUGUUGUGUCGAUAUGUGUCCUCCCCUCGAGAUGUGCUCCAAAACAGACCGUAUUCUGUUCCGGUUUAUUUUAGCCCUUGAAAAGCUCUAAUCAUCUUGUGUGCUGCUCAGAUAAAUAAACAGACCGCCGCGAUUUGGUACCCAACUUUUACGAUCAUCUUCAGAAGCGUCAACAGCGUGAAGAGACGUGGAGAUACCUGGCAGCCUCUAACCAGCAACCAAUAAACGUGUGCAAGAAUCUGCAGAGCAGAUUGGUGACUUGCACAACACAUGGGGAAUUUGUAAACACGAAGCCCUUUACACACAAACGAAGUGUAUUUUCCUGAACGAGUGGCCGAGUGUCUGACAAGGUGAUGAAACAUGGCCCACCGUAUGCACGACCAACAAAAUCGUCUGCCAGUGGCCCAGGCCACCGUGUUGGAUCUGCCACCACCCAGCCAAGCAAAGGACUUGAGGCCUGCUCUGCAGUCCCUGGUCUGUGGUGCAUUUGCUGGAGCUGUGGCCAAAACAGUCAUUGCACCUCUAGAUCGGACCAAGAUAAUUUUCCAAGUUUCCUCAAACAGAUUCUCCGCUAAGGAGGCCUUCAGGCUCAUCUACUGUACAUACAUGAAGGAUGGCCUGCUCAGUCUGUGGAGGGGGAACUCUGCCACCAUGGUUAGGGUCAUGCCUUAUGCUGCCAUCCAGUUCUGCUCCCAUGAGCGGUACAAAAAACGGCUGGGGAGCUACUAUGGCUACCAGGGAAAAGCUCUGCCUCCUUUUCCACGUUUCUUGGCUGGCUCUCUAGCUGGGACAACUGCUGCCAUGCUUACCUAUCCUUUGGACAUGGUGCGAGCCAGGAUGGCAGUCACUGCCAGAGAAAUGUACAGCAACAUUGUUCAUGUUUUUGUGCGGAUCUCCCGAGAUGAAGGUGUGAAGACUCUUUACAGAGGCUUCACCCCCACUAUCCUGGGUGUUAUCCCAUAUGCAGGGAUCACCUUCUUUACAUAUGAGACCCUCAAGAAGCUACACACAGAAAAAACAAAGCGACCCCAGCCUUACCCCCAUGAACGUUUGGCCUUUGGUGCUUGCGCCGGUCUGAUUGGGCAAUCUGCCUCGUACCCUCUGGAUGUGGUACGUCGGCGCAUGCAGACAGCUGGAGUCACUGGCUCAUCAUACCGCACAAUCCUGGGGACCAUGCGUGAGAUCGUAACAGGGGAGGGAGUUAUAUGUGGACUGUACAAAGGCCUGAGCAUGAACUGGCUGAAAGGGCCCAUUGCUGUAGGGAUUAGCUUCACCACAUUUGAUAUCACACACAGCUUCCUGCUCAAAUUGCAUCAGAUGGGCUACUUCACUCACUGAGUCACUGGGCAGCAACUAAGGGGUAGUAAAAAAGCACAAAUGAGGCAGACAUGAGGUUGGUGGUCAAGUCAUUCUUAUGCCAAUGAUAAGUCUCUGUACUCAGUCAGUGCAGGAGCAUCCUGCUGCACACUCCUAUUCCCUGCAAACAGGAUGUCAGGAUGAGUAGAAAUAUGUUGUACACACAGAAACAUAACAUCAGGUCUCCCUUGAAAAAGAGGUUGCUGACAUCCGUGGGAUUUUAUGUUGGUAGAUAAAUAGAAUCUCAGACUUAGCUAAAAGUUGAGUGAGGAGGGUGGAGAAAAAAUGUCUUUAAUUUGUCACUCACACAAUUGGUGGUAUUCUGUUACCAUCACAGUGGCUCAAGUGAUUAACAGUGGAACAGCAGGUAACAACAGUUUAGUGUUUAUUGAUGCAUAUGCAUGACUUUGAUUAUGUUAAAAUAAUGCUUGCACUUAAUUAGACCUACGGUGUUUAAUUAUGUACACAUGGAAAAGACUGUUUUAAUUCAUUGUAUUGCUUUUAAUUUGAGUUUUAUUUUUAUUGCAUCACCUUGCUUUUCUUCCUGUUUGAUCAUGUACCAGUGUGAUUUGUACCUGAUAACAAAUAGGUGAAUGGGUGAUUAUGCAAUAUGUCUUAUAGUCAUUUAAAAUUUUAUAAUGGUCUCAAUGUGAUUUCAUCCAGAAGAGGUGAAGCAAAUGAUUGUAGAAAGGUGAUCUUUUGUACCAAAUCAUGAUUGUAACCAUCUGUUGACAUCACCGGUUCAAGUGGAAUCAUCAUUUCAUUGUUUUACCUCAUUACUAGCCCUGAAAUGCAGCUGUCCUGUCCCAACUUUUUUGCAAUGUGUUGUAGGCAUUAGAAUUGGAAUUAGUGUAUAUUUUGAACCGGAGAAUAAAAUUGAUGAGGUAUCAAAUACAUGACAUAAUGUGCUGUAAUGUAAUACAGGACAUGGAUGAUUUAUUUACAAGUAACUAUUUUCAGUUUUAAUUUUGAUUUUACAUACCACCCUAACCUUUUCUGAUUUGGGGUUUGUACAUGUUUAUGUGAAUAUCAAUAUUUCAUUUUUACAGUAUACUGUGCUCACAUUGUUGUGCAGUCUUAUCAUUGCUUUUAUUUGAUCAUAAAGCACUGUUUACCUAAAAUAUAUAUGUAUGCCAAAGCACUGAAGUAGAAUAUGUUUUAUGAGAAGAAUUCAUACUUUCACUCCUAAUGAACAUAUCAGUGAUGUAGCAUUUCCAAAAAUGUAAGUUAAUUUGCAUAUAACUGGCCAUGCAAUAAAGUGUCCAUCC